AUGGGCGUCGCCUAUUCAGCGUCUAGGAAGGCUGCCAGACACUGGAAUGCGACGCAGCGAGCCAUUCGACACAUCGAAAAAUGCAAGCCGGCCAAAAAACCUCUAGUACUAAAUGAGCAGUCGAGCGAAUUAGAAAAAGAACUGCUAAAACGAAAUCCAGAACUAGAGAAGCGCGUUACUUCCUUUUCCAUUGAAAGUCAUGGUGUAAAGGAUUCCAUUUUACCAGAAGGCUUCGAGUACGUUUCAAAAUCCUCUCGGAAAUUACCGCAGAGAACGGAUCUUGGAAAUCCCAUACCACCUCCCUUUAUUGAUUUUGGCUUUGCUGUUCCCGAUAAUAUCCCCAAGGGCAAACUCACCAUGCGCCAAGCUAUUCAUCUAGUAAAAAGCCAUCAGCUCAAACAAAAAAAUUCAGAAGAGCUUGCUGCGGAGUACAAUUUAGACUCAACUUUGGUUAACUCCAUCUCAAAAUACUUUUCCCUCUUUGAGCGGGAAGAAGGCCAAAUUUGGGUACCUCAUUCAGAAAAGAAAACAAGCCCCGAAAAACAGUUACUUGACUCCCCAAUCACCUCUGAAGAUGAACUUGCUUCCCCCGAAGGCAUCUCCCGAUAUAUACGCAUGAAUGAAUUGGACACGAAACCUCAGCACUGA